CUUUUUUGCAUGUAUACAUGCUGGGCUUGUCAACCAGAUAGCCUUAUAUGUCGGGCUAAUGAAUCUCUGGCCACUUGCUAACGUCAUUUACCCAUUCUGUUAUCAGCUCAGGAUCAGACAGAUAAUCGCCAUUAGCUAAGGUACAGGUCGCAGCCCUUGGGUAACAUGCCGGCCUAUUAGCUGUUGCCAACAUUAAAGGACUCCGGAUGAUCUCCAACAUUAAAGAGUCUGGAUGAUCUCCAACAUUAAAGGGAGCUGGAUGAUCUCCAACAUUUAAAGGGGUCUGUCCUGUGUGCACAAGCACCUAAGCGAGUGGCAGCCUUUUCAGUAGCUCAGCCUGUUCUUUCAUAACAUUUUCCUUUGCAAAUGUUUUAUCUUUUCCACGCACCGUGUAGAUAUAUUUCUAUCCUAUGGAUAUGGCUACCGGUAUUACUCAUCCGCAACACAGAAGUAAGAACAACUGCUUGAGCUGAGAACAAUGGGCCAUGCCGGUACUGUUUAGCCUACUGAGGAACUGAGGACACAUGCCGGUACUGUUCACCCUACUGAGGACACAUGUUUGAGCACUUUCACAGACGUCAAGUCAACUGUCAGACUCGGUAGAAGUGUGUGUGUUUGUAUGUGUGAUAUGAACCAUUCUUCCAUAACAUUCUCACCGGUUACAUUUAGAGGAAUGAUAUUAACCGUUCUUCCAUAAUGUUUUAACCGGUUACAUUUAGAGUGUGUGUGUGUGUGCAUGUACGUGUGUGUUUGUAUGUGUGAUAUGAACCAUUCUUCCAUAACGUUCCGGUUACAUUUAGAGGAAUGAUAUGAACCAUUCUUCCAUAACGUUCCGGUUACAUUUACUAGAGGAAUAUGAACCUAGGGCUAGGGUUCUUCUGUAACGUUCUCACCGGUUCCAUUUAGAGGAGAGGCCUUGGAACACUGGAACAGGAAUAAAAAAAUAAUGUUUUUGCUUAGAACGAAACUAAAUGAAAAACAUUCUGUUUUCAGUCCCUGGUGUUUGUGUAACGUGUGUGUGAGUUUUGACACAAUGAGCCGAAGUUGUGCAAAAAUGUUUAAGCAAUGGGCAAAAAAUGUAAUACUCUGUGUAUGUGUGUGUGUGUGUUGUGUUAAUACUUUGUGUGUGUGUGUGGUUGUUUAGGCCCAUGAGGCAGUUAUACAAGGACGCUAUCCUGCUCCAGUGGAGACUCUGCAGAUUCUGGCAGCCCUGCGGAUUCAGUACCUGCUGGGAGACUACAACUCCCAGAAUGCCUGGCCCGACCUGGAGCAGCUAUUUCCUGUCAGUCGCCUGCGCAGUCGACUGCAAGCCUGCACGUCUCUCUCCCGCUCUAACUCCGCCCACAGGAAGCGCUCCUCUUUCUUGGAAGGAACUCUCAGGCGCAGCCUGAGGGGGAGGGCCAGAGCUGAAGAGUCACAGGAAGAGGCGUGGUUUGAACAGGAAGUGUGUGUAUUGCGAGGAAACGUGCAGGAGAAGUGGGCGCGUCUGGAGGGCAUGAGUCAGCAGGACAGUAUGCUGAAGUACAUGAACAUCAUCAGAGAGUGGAAAGGAUACGGUUGCAGCCUGUUUAACGUGCAGUGUGCUGAUGGCGUGUAUCCAGAGGAUCUGUGGUUGGCUGUUGGUCAGGAGAAUGUGGGUGUGUACAAGCGUGGGGAGGCGUGGCCUCUGGAGGUCCUGUCCUAUGAGCUCAUCCUGUCGUUUGGAGCCCCACAGCCCAACACACUCUGCAUCAGCACUCAGGAGCGCCACCUACUGUUCCUCACAGAGCAGGUGGUGGACAUCGCGAGGCUCAUGAAGACAUACAUCAGUCUCAUCGUGAAGAGACGCGUCAGCACCUGCCAGUCAAUCAGUAACCAAGGGAACCAUUGGUGAAGAUUCACCAUGCAACCUUCAGAUAAAUUUGCUUGUGUUUUGUGUGUUCAAGACCAUGUGUGAGAGUGUUUUAAAUGUUUGUAUGUGUGUGUGUAGGAGCAGUAGCUGAAUUUUAUUUUAUGCAAACAGUCUUAACCAAAGAGCAUCUCUGCAGGCAGAGACCAAGACCAAAGAGAUACACACACACCAUUCAAACUCAUACAUAGAAUGACAAUACUAGUACAUUUUUUUCUCAUAUUAAUGUAAGUAAUCAACUGGAGAAGUUUCAUAGUGAUAUCUGCUAGUUAAAAUUUGUACCCUAUUCACCUGUAGUGUCUCGCCUUAACUGAAAAUGACAAUCCCUAGCCUGAUCCCAAGUAUGGUUCCGUGCAACUGGAGUAGAUGCUAUUAUUCCCUAAUGAGUUGUAUAUGUUUUAUAUAUUUUAUAUAUUUUAUAAUAAUAUUUCAUAUAGAGAACGGGUGACUGUCACGUUACGUUAGAUGUUGGGGUUUGGGUAGCAGCCGCCAUAUUUACAGAUACGCUAACGAAGAUACAGUGAUUACUAAUGGGGGCAUAGUUAGUGUCAAGAGCAAACAAAUGGACCAUGAUAUGAGCAAAUGUAAGCAUCUUUACCAUGACGAGCUGAACAGGAAGGCAACAGAGUGGUACUUAAAUAAAAUGAAGAAUAUUAAUAUUAAUGCUAUAGUUGGGUUUCUGCUCUGUAAGUAAGUAUAUAUACUCUUUUGACCCUGUGAGGGAAAUGGGUGUCACAUGAUUGAGUUGGUGAUGUUAGGAAGCUCUAACUUGCUACUGCCCAUACAAACACAUUAAAUACAAACACAUGCCCAUACAAACACAUUAAAUACACAUUAAAUACAAACACAUUAAAUACACAUUAAAUACAAACACGUGUUAAGGUGCUACUGCCCAUACAAACACAUGUAUUAACUUGCUGCUGGGGUAUGCAGGCAUAGUUAUAUAUCCGUAGAGAUCCUCUCCAUGUUUGCAGACAGGUGAUGACAUGGUGAACCUGUCACUAGUGAAAAAUAGGUCUACUGCCAUUAGUCACGUGAUAGACUAAGCAUGAUAUACUGAAAUUAGGAGCAUCUAGCCUUCAACAACAAACACAACAAGUUUCUCAAUCCUGCAGUUGAAGUGAGUCUGUCUGUUUGCAGUCAGCAUGAUAGCCAGCAGGUGAUAUUAGCUGUGCCUACUGUAACAUUACCCACUUGUAGGGCUACAUUAGAUUCCCUUUCUUUAUAAUAAAAUGAACAUGAUGACUGACAAAAUAACUAUAGUGUUAAUAGCAGACAGACAUUGAUUCAAUGGUUCAGCAGCACAUAGAUUCACUAUAUUAAUCCCCCGUCUUCAUUCAGCUGUGUUAAAUUGUACAGUAGUCGGGCUGUGCAGUCGUCGCCGUGUCUUUCUUAACAAUGUGUCGACACAAUCCCGUUCUCUAUAACCAAUUGACCAGAUAUACAGAUUCUAAAUGACGUUGUCACAGGUGCUCAGUACCACACACGUGUUAAAUACCAUACACACAUAUUUAAUACCACACACACACACACACACACACAUGUUCAAUGCCACACACACACGUGUUCAAUAUCACACACAGGUGUUCAAUUCCACAUGUGUUAAUUGAUGUGGUCAUAUGGUAUGGACAUGAUUGAUGAUGAUGUCGGAUGUUUCAUCUCAGCUGUCAUUAAACUCCUUCAGCUCUCC